AUGGAGCAUCUUGAAUGUCGAAGAAUUCAGGCCUAUACGAAAAAACGUGGACCUAAAGUGCAAGAAAUGCCAAAUCAAUUACACUUUACACAUAGUCUACAACCAUUGAAUGAAAUUAAUCCUAGCCUAAAUUCACAGGAUAAUCUGGUAGACGAGAUACUAUCGAAUAGAUGUGCAAGUUGUUACGAACACAAAAAAGCAUGUAAGCAUAAUGGAACUUUAGGAAAGUUUAGAUGUGAGAGGUGUAGGAAUAGGAAAAUAGAAUGCUUGAUUCAAUGCACAGAAUGUUAUAAAAAGAAUAAAGACAAAAAAGAUAGUUUCCCACAAUGUUCAAAUUGUAAAGUGACUAGAGAAG